AUGUCAGUAAAAGUUGUUGUCCGCUGCAGGCCACUUAGUGUGGAUGAGAAGCGUGAGAAAACUAACAUUAUCGUACGUAUGAAUGGAGAAGAGGUGCAGGUGGUUGACUGCAUGGAAGGGAGAGGUGGAAAGUUUUCCUUUGACGAGGCGCUAUGGUCUGCUGAUGUGGAGGUAGAUGGUAACUCAAACCCACAUGCUUCGCAGGAUGCCGUAUACAGACCUGUUGCGUUUGAACUAUUUAACCAUGUUAUCACUGGAUAUAAUGGUUGUAUUUUUGCAUAUGGACAAACAGGAAGUGGUAAGACAUAUUCUAUGAUGGGUACACCAACAGAUCCUGGUGUUAUUCCUCGUAUUGCCAAAAAUCUUUUUUCAGAGGUUCAAAUCCUCAAUAACAGUGGUAUUGAGUCGUGUGUGGAGGUGUCAUUUUUUGAGAUUUACAACGAGAAGGUGCGUUGCCUUCUGUCUCCUUCCGAUAACGCUUUUGAUGAUUCUACACUGCGUGUGCGUGAACACCCAAAAUUUGGUCCUUUUGUGGAAGGUCUUACGAAGUUUGUUGUGACCACCGAGAUGGAUUUUCUGCAGCUUAUGCAUGACGGCAACAAGGUGCGCACCGCCGGGGCAACAGCAAUGAACGCCGCUAGCAGUCGCUCACACGCAGUUUUCGCCGUGACACUCACGCAACGGCGAGCAAACGGACGACUUGUGACGACGAAGACGUCAAAGUUAAAUCUUGUCGAUCUUGCCGGUAGCGAGCGGGCGUCAAAGUCUCUCGCAACGGGAAAGCGACUCGCAGAAGGCGCAAACAUUAACAAAUCACUAACAUGUUUGGGAAAUGUAAUAAGUGGUCUCGCAGAGGAACAGGAAACGGGUAAACCACGCCAUAUUCCUUACCGUGAUUCUGUUCUAACGUGGAUAUUGAAAGAUAAUCUUGGUGGUAACUCCAAAACGGUUAUGUUGGCUACUAUUAGCCCAUCUUCUGCGCAGUACGAAGAAACUAUGAGUACCCUGCGCUACGCCGAGCGUGCAAAGAAAAUUGUAAAUAAGGCUGUUGUUAAUGAAAGUAAUAAUAAUGAGGUCAUUGCCGCUCUUCAAAAAGAAAUUGAGGAACUUAAGAGACAAUUGCAAGGAGCAUCAGAAGGUGAAAGGGCUAAGCUAUCAGAUGAACUUGCAGCAAGUGAAGCCAUACAGAGGGAACUUCAAAUGUCUCUUGAGGAGAAACUAGCCGAAACAGGAAGGAUGAUGGAAGAACGUGAAAAGUAUAUGCGACAACUUGAAGCAGAGCUUGAACAGCAACGUGAUGAAAUUAAAAAUUUGCGGCAAGACAAUGCUGAAAAGGAACGUGUAAUUGAAAAACUUUUGCAACAUAUUGAAGAGGUACAGAAGAAAUUAGGUGUUGAAGGAGCCGCUGAAAUAGAACAACUGUUAGAGCAAGUUGCUCUCUUGGAAUCAGAGCAGCAUGCGACAGAAAUAAAAUCUUCAUUAGCAAAUAAUACCAUCUCUAGGGCUGCUGACGACACUACAUUAAGACCAGAAGAUCUUGGCAAUGUACGGCCUAAACAGUUGGAGAGUGGUAAAGUUACUGUUCGUGCUCUUGCAAAGGCUUUUGAAUCACUAGAUACGGAGAACUCGGUGAUACAGAGUAAGUCAAAUAUAGAUGAGUCGUUACACUUUGAUCCCAUUUCCAUGCACGUACGUACUUUCGAAGGAAAAAACAAGGAUGAAACGGUCAUCUCUGACACAGAUGCAAUGUUGUUGGAAUUGCUUGAUGAGGAUGAAAGUCCUAAAUAUCAGAAGCAAGGAGAAAAAGAAGAACAUGAACGACGAUAUAACAAAGAUAACCUUGACAUUGAUGAAGGAUUAGAACUCGACCUUGAGGAAGAUGCGGAUGAGGAUAUAAUUCUGGGCGAUGAAGAUGAUCUUGAGUUAGACUCUGAUAUUGAUCUUGAUAUUGAUGACAAUGAAGCUGAAACAGAAGUAACGGCAAAAGGAAAGGUAUCAGAAGAUGUGGCAGGAGGAAAAAGAGAAAAGGGGGUGGGAGAAAUGGUAGAAUCAUCAGUAGUAGAUAAAAAGGAAGAGGAACAUCCAAAUGAUGCUGAACUAGAGAAUCUUAUGGAGAAUGAAAUAAAUGAAAAGGAUGAAAAAUUCUUAGUUGAUGAAUACUUGGAGAUUGAUGAUAAUGAGGAAUCUGACGUUUACAAGGAGGGAUUGAUAAAACAAGAAGUUAACGACUCUGAGGAUAUUGUUAAUGCUGCUGCUGCUCUUCCUAUCGAACCUGGAGCUGCUACUGGUGUUACCGAAGAUUCUGUUGUGAUGAUUAAUCCUUCCAAUAUAACUGAAGAAGUAAUAACUGAUAGUAAAGCUACAGAUCCAAAAAUUGUUUCUCCAUCUAUUAUUGCUUCUACUACUACUACUACUACUACUACUACUACUACUACUACUACUACUACUACUACCACUGAACCUACUACUACUACUGCUACUACUACCGCUGAACCUACUGAGGGUAUUUGUGCAACUUUUGUACCUCAGCAAGGGGGUUUUCUUUCACCGUACCCUUCUAUUACGACGCUAGUAGUACCCUCUCAUGCUCUUCCUAACAAUCGCUACCUUCAUGAGUUGUUUAAGGUGGUUAAGGUGAAUGAUGCAGCAUUAAUUGGGAAUAAAAAAGACCGUAUUUGGGAUGUUGACUUUUUCCGACGUCGCUUUGCAAACCUAGAUUUGGCUGGGUACAUGUCAUUUGAAUAUCCAGCUGCUAAUUUAUAUCGUGUCGAGAAGGACCCUGUUCAUUCUCAACGACUAAAGUUAUACUUUUUUGAGGCACCACACCCGUAUGAACUAGAAUUUACUUCAAGUGAACGUCGUCAGCGUUUCUAUGAAAUUUCAACGACUCUUCGUCGUAACUCAAUUAUGUGGUGUCCUUCUUUGUGUCUUGAGGGUGAGAAUGAUAUUAUCUUAAAUGUACAAGGAACUACAAUUGAACGUCCAAACUCUAAAUUAGUGAGGGUAAAUGGUGAAACGAAGUUUAUGGUUGCACGUAUGCCGUAUGAAGUUGUAGACAUGUGGUAUGGUUGUUUCUCGAUGCGUGGUCAUUCUUUGCCACACAGCGCAGCAGUAUUAGGUAGUUUUAUGCCUAAAGAGUCUCACGAGGUGUAUAUAAUCGGCAUCAUGGAUGUACCACCUGAUUUUAUCGGAAAUGAAGAGAUGUGUAAGUACUUUCUUAAUUACUUGGGUACUGCACAAUACUACGCUCUCGCAAAUACGACUUUACAUUCAAAAAAAAGACAUACAAACAAUGCUAUUAUAAUUAUUGUACGACGAUCUUUUAUUGUACGUUCUUCACAUAUUGAAGCUGUAGAAACAGCCCCCGUUCUUUCUGAAGAUGUUCAAGGAUGUGAUUUUACAGCUGUGGGAUGUUCGCUGCGUAUUAAUGAGGUCAGUAUAUGUGUUAUUCUCCUUAAUGCGAAACCGACAAAUUGUCCUGCAUCAUCAAGAGCGAGAUGCAUGCGAAUGUUAAUGUCUAGUUUCCCUUUUGGUGAUACUCUUAUUGAUAUUGGGGCACGGUUUGAUUAUUUUAUAGUUUCAGGUGCCUUUAAUUUUGGUGCAGAUUUUAGGGAAAAUGACAUGUUACUCGCACAGAUUAAAGCGUUAAAUCUUAUGUCGGAUAUGGUAGAAGCACCACCAAGUGUUGCCUUAAUAAACUCACCAGAACCAAUACGAAUAUUUUAUUCAACUCGUCCACGCGUUUCUCGCCUUGACGUAAAACAAUAUACAACAUCUCGGGCUUUAGCCAUGCCUAAUGCUUUUGUUUCUAUGGAUAUUUAUUGUCAAAGAGCUUUUUUAAGUGUUUUUGGGGAACAAGUUCAUCGAGUACAACUGGUUUUGGAUAAACUUAUUUUUUCAUCACCUACUCGACGUAUUCCUCCUAUUUAUUUUUCAGAAUUACGUAUAUCUGGUGAAUGGAUUGAAAACAGUCCGUUAUUUACAUCCGUUCACAAAAAUGGUGAUGCAUAUACAAUUUCAGGAGGGGAAGUUCCUAGGAUAGUACCUACUGUUAGUAAUAUCGAUUUUUUACGUCUGCAAACAAUUAACUUUUCCUUAAUGGGUUCUCUUGAUCCCAAACCCAAAAAGAAGAAACAGAUAAUACCUAUUGCAUCUUGUGUUUUACCAUUAAAGAAUAUGUUUCAAAUGGGUGAAGUUCUAGAGUUCUCUAUACCUUUAUAUUAUCGUGCUUGUAAUGUAGGGACAUUAACUGGUACUCUACUUUUGGUAUUGUAUGAAAAGAAUACUGCUGAUCUUGCUAGCUUUCCAAAUAAACAUGACGUAUUUUUGGUCUCGUGUUAUGAAAAUCAAAUACUUGAUGGAAAGAAUUGGGUUCCUACUGUUUUUUCCCAACAUCAUGCAUACAACUUCUCCUCAUUUGACGCUACUGUAGAAUGCAGUAGAGAAAGUUAUGAACUUCCAGAUCCAACGAAAUGGAUAUGGCUCAAUCUUUGGCGUCAUGACUCACUUCCACACGAAAAGGAGGGAUGGAUGUACUGCGAGGGGUUUGAUCAAACGUUUUACUUCAAACCUACCAGGUCAAGUAUUGUGCGUCGCCGUCGUUGGACACGUGUAAUGCAAGCAAGUGAUCCCAUCACCUUACACAACUACUUGCUGUCGUUGCAGUCCACUGGAAAAGGCUGA